UCGUCGCGGGGCGGCGCGGGCGGCGAUUGGGCGGGAGCGGCGGCGCGCGGUGACGCGCGCGGCGGCGGUGCGGGUCCCGAUUGCUGCAGCCGCUUGUCAGUGUGACGAAGAUUGGCACCCGAGGUUUCUGCCCUCAACGUUGUACGUGAGUGGCAUCUCUGCUGGAACAAGAUCAUGUCUUCUUCAACCCAUUGAAGGAAAGGGAAUAUUUGUUCACACUUAUGAUGAUUUGACAUAAUUAACGUUUUAUUAACCAUGAUGGCAACACAGACAUUAAGUAUAGACAACUAUCAAGAUGGACAACAGAUGCAAGUGGUGACAGAGUUAAAAACUGAACAAGAUCCCAACUGCUCUGAAACUGAUGCAGAAGGGGUGAGUCCUGCCCCUGUAGAAUCUCAAACUCCAAUGGAUGCAGACAAGCAGGCCAUUUACAGGCACCCACUAUUUCCCUUGUUAGCACUAUUAUUUGAAAAAUGUGAACAAUCUACACAAGGCUCAGAAGGCACAACUUCUGCUAGUUUUGAUGUAGAUAUUGAAAACUUUGUAAGGAAGCAGGAGAAAGAAGGAAAACCUUUUUUCUGUGAAGACCCAGAAACCGAUAAUUUGAUGGUAAAAGCAAUCCAAGUUCUUCGUAUCCAUCUGCUCGAGCUGGAAAAGGUUAAUGAACUCUGCAAGGAUUUCUGCAGUCGUUACAUUGCCUGCCUGAAGACAAAAAUGAACAGUGAAACUCUGUUAAGUGGAGAGCCUGGAAGUCCUUAUUCACCUGUGCAAUCUCAGCAAAUUCCAAGUGCCAUUGCAGGCACACUCAGUCCCCAAGGGAUUAUGGUGCCAGCAUCAGCAUUGCAGCAGGGAAAUGUAACUAUGGCAACAGUAGCAGGGGGGACAGUGUAUCAGCCCGUCACUGUGGUCACUCCACAAGGCCAAGUGGUGACACAGGCACUGUCACCUGGGACUAUUCGGAUCCAGAACUCUCAGCUUCAGUUGCAAUUAAACCAAGAUCUAGGCAUCUUGCAUCAAGAUGAUGGCUCAUCAAAAAAUAAAAGAGGAGUUCUUCCCAAGCACGCUACAAAUGUGAUGAGAUCUUGGCUUUUUCAGCACAUAGGGCAUCCAUAUCCAACAGAGGAUGAGAAGAAGCAGAUUGCAGCACAAACAAAUCUGACACUACUCCAGGUUAACAACUGGUUUAUCAAUGCUAGAAGGCGAAUUCUUCAGCCCAUGCUGGAUUCCAGUUGUUCUGAAACCCCCAAAACGAAGAAGAAAACAGCUCAGAACCGGCCGGUGCAGAGGUUCUGGCCUGACUCCAUUGCCUCAGGAGUUGCUCAGCAGCAAUCCAGCGAGCUCACCAUGUCCGACGGUGCUGUUGUCACCAUUACAGCUCCAGUCAACAUGAAUGUAGACAGUCUCCAGUCUUUGUCAUCUGAUGGUGCUACUUUGGCUGUCCAGCAAGUCAUGAUGGCAGGGCAGAGCGAGGAUGAGUCUGUAGACAGCGGGGAGGACGAUGGAGGAGACCUCUCAACAACAAACAUCAGCGGGCUGGUCUUGGAUAACAGCGAUUCUCUGCAGUAGGAAGCAAGAAAGUGUGACAAAACACUUAGGAAAAAAAAAAAAAGAAUGGACUGACUGACUGACUUUUUAUAGUUUGCACAGCAAACAUUUUACACAAGUUUUAUUUCUAAUAUGUUUUAUAUGUAGAUAUAGAAGGGUGCACUUUUUUGUAUUUCAUAGUAAGCUUAAAGAGUGUUUUUGCAGGUGCAGCAACUUCUUUCAAAUGUGGUUUGUUUUUUUUUCGUUUCUUUUUCCUUUUUCUUAUUUCAGAAAAUUAUAUCUAGUAAUAUAAUAAGAACCACGUAAGCACCCCUUUGUCCUAUGAAUUGGACAUGCUGCAGUUUCUAACGAAUUAUGCAGUUUCAAUUAGUGCUGUUAUUUAACACAGCUUUGGAUGGGCAGGUGAUGUAAAUUUAAAGCAUGUGACACUAGUGUGUGAAACUUAAUUAUUAAGUUAGAUGCAUAUAUUUGAAAGAUGCUUCUGCACCUUAAAAACUGCUAGUCUGAGGUGGACAGCAACACACAUAAAAAGGAACUGUUGAUGUGUGAUUCAGUAGCGAAUGUAUGGCAAUUUAAAUAAGUUUAGUUUCUCUCAUAGUCCGUGAGCCUGUUUAUCAUUUGCUAUGAAAACUCCUAUUUUUACCUUGCUGGGGUUAUUGGAUAAAAAAAAAAAAGUAUUUUUAUAAAUUCAUUAGAAAUUGGG